CUCUAUGUGCUUUCAGUAUCUGUUUCUGUGGAUCUUUAAAGGGAACUCAAAACUAAACUGAAAGAGCUUUGGGCAUAACAGCUGACAGCCGGCAAGAAGAUGUUGAUGCUGAUCCUUACUGCUUUAUUAUUUACAGACUCCAGGUCGCAGAUCACUGGUUCUGGAAAUAGAACAGCUGAUUAUGGCGGUGACGCGCACUAUUCGUGCUCAGUCGCCGAUCCCACAGGCGUGCUGCAGGUCACGUGGCAGAGGGUGUUCAACGAGAAAUUCGUCGAGAAUUUGGCGACGUACAGCGAGCGGUUCGGGCAGCAGGUGAAUGACCCUCACGCGGGGAAAGUGCACCUGACGGAGGCGUCUCUGCGAUCGACCUCCAUCACUCUGAGGGACGUCACGUGGGGCGACGAGAGCUGCUACGUCUGCUCGUUCAACGUGUACCCGGACGGGUCCCAAAGGAAGCAGACAUGCCUCACGGUGCAAGGUAUAUCCCAGGUGAGAGCGGAGGUGCAGCCUUCCCGCGGUGAUCGCGAGGACGAGGCGGAGCAGCUCGUGUUCAGCUGCUCCGCCACAGGUAAACCAGCCCCGACCAUCGGCUGGGAGCUCUCACCCGGCGCCUCCCACGCAGAGCGACCGACCAAUCGGACGGACGCAAACGGCGACCGCACGUUCACCAGCAGCAGCAACGUCACUGUGCGCGCGCCCGCAGGGUGGACGGGGCACGCGGACUGCGUGCUGAACAGCGGGGCGCCGGGACAAAGGCGGGAGAGGAUUCGUUACUCCUCACCUGCCGGCAAGAAGGACGAGGAGGGGAAAAUAAUGUCUCCUUCAACGAUUGCAGUUGUAAUCAUUGUUGUGUUGAUCAUUUCAUUGAUCCUUGUUGCUGCUGCAGUGAAACAAAAGAGGUUAUUAACAAUCAGAAGACAUGAAAAUGAUUGUUUUAUUGCAUCUUAACCUUAGAGGUUGAACAGUGAGUUAAGCUAUUUUAGAUUUAUUGUCCACAGUUAAAAUCUACCGUUAUCUUUUGAUUGCAACACACAGCACUUUAAGUAUUUAUGAAACUAGAAGCAACGCACUUGUUCAGGCUUUGUGGAAUUGAAUGUUUAAUUGUGAAAAAAGAAAAAAUAUGUUGUCAAAUAAUGUCACUUGGAUUCACUGUGACUGCAACAUAGUGAAUAGUAGAAGUUUGCCUCUAACAUAUAAUGUGUCGCACUUUAGUUUUUGAUGAUUGUGUGAAAAUGUUGCACGUUGACUUUAAGGUUGUUAUUGUGAAAAGUAGUAUCGAUUUUAAUCAUCAAUGUCAAAACAUUCAAUUAGUUUUUAAAUGUUUGUUGUAUUUUACUCAAUGUUUUAAUAAUUUAUUCGCUAUAUAUAAAUAUAUACUUCUUGUUUGGUUAAUGAAGCCAUUUUGUUUGAAUGGAUCUCACUUGUGUUCACUCCAUGUGUGCUGUUGCCCUGGUUACACUCCAUGUGUGCUGUUGCCCUGGUUACAUCCAUAAAAAGAGGCUCCUCACAUUAAGUAAACAAGCAGCAGAGCAACAGAGUCAUAUAAAUGACACAGGUGUGUGUAGGAGCCAUACAUUGGGUUUGAUUAUUCUUUUGUAUUAUUUCUACAUUGUUUGUAUGUGCGUGUGUGGUGUGACGUCAUUUGUAUCUAUAACACCGUAAGGGGGUGUGGUGUGUAUAUUAGCGUGUGUCUGUUCACCUGUGGGGCACGGCGGGUUGUUUGGAGCAUGGCUGCAGGGUGAGAAUGGGGAACAAACUUUCUGUUGACCGUCAGCAUCAUCGUCACCGGAGUAAUUAUUGUCACUAACGUCACUACGAAGUUUUAUGCGCUGUUGAUCCUCUCUUGACUGAUGAAAGGCAUCUAUCAAUGUAAGUGAUUGGCGUGUAUUCUUUCUGCUGGUGAAAUGGAGUAAUAAACAUCAGAUGAAAUA